AGACAGGUACAAAAGGCGCCCGCCAGCCAGUCGCCACUCUCACCCUAAAAGUCCCGUUGUUGCGUGACUGUGAAGAGGGAGAACCUCCGCUUCACAGUAGACCAAUUGGGCUGAGAGGUUUGUGGUCACCAGCUGCAAAGAGAUCUGAUCAACACACUUCAGGAGAAAUGGGUAACUCAACAGGAAGCACUGUGGACGACCUGCAGGCGGUGGAGAUGCACCUCUGGUACAAGAAGUUCAUGACUGAGUGCCCGUCGGGUCAGCUCACCCUACACGAGUUCAAGCAGUUCUUCGGGCUGCGAGGGCUCGACCCCGAGGCCACCGCCUACAUAGAGCAGAUGUUCCGCACGUUUGACAUGAACAAGGACGGCUACAUAGACUUCAUCGAGUAUGUGGCCGCUCUCAGUCUGGUGAUGCGAGGAAAGAUGGAGCACAAGCUGCGCUGGUAUUUCAAACUUUAUGAUGUGGAUGGCAACGGCUGCAUUGACCGACACGAGCUCCUCAACAUCAUAAAGGCCAUUCGAGCAAUCAAUGGGAGUGAAAAUCAGGAGACAUCCGCUGAGGAUUUCACCAACAGCGUGUUUGACAGGAUUGAUAUAAACGGAGAUGGCGAGCUCUCCUUGGAGGAGUUCGUGGCCGGCGCUCGCAGUGAUGAAGAUUUCAUGGAGGUGAUGAUGAAAAGUCUGGACCUCACCCACAUCAUGGCGAUGAUCCACAACAGGAGGCGCAGCGUUUAGGAUGUGCUGCCCAGUCAGACUACCUCAUCCUCAUUCAUGAUUCACCCAGAGAGCCUGGCCUCUGGUAAAAAAGGUCAUUUAUAGACUGAGAUUUCUAUUAAGAUUGAAUAAUAUAAUCCCAGUGUACUGCAAAAACACUGACAUGUCUUAUUUCUAAUCUCUAAAAGAGCGACACAUAUGCACUUUAAAUGCAUUUGGAUGACUCAGUCGACCUUUGCAAGCUGGUCAUUGUCCUUGUUUAUCGAUGCUGAGCCCUUCCAAGGCCACCUUGGCAGGAGGGAUGAUCUCUAAGACGGUCCACUUACCCACUGAUACCCCCGAGGGAUAACACAGGGAGAUAGUGGAGCAGAGUGCUAUUACAUGCACUCAAUGCUCUCCAAAACCUUUUCUUUUUUUUAUGGGUCUGAGUUCUUCGUCUCUUUUUACCCGUUUUUGUCUGUGGGAUUUAUCCUACUAUGACUCUGCAGUAAGCUUCACAUCCAGGCUAAUUUGAUUAAUUCAAAGGCUGUAAAAUACAGGAACAGGAAAAAGUGUCUGAGGAGAUUUAGUAGUGAGUGAGCAGAUUAUCAAAUGUUUACCUUUUUUAAACAUGUUUCUAACCUUUUUAAAAUAAAAGAAAGCAGAAGUCUUG